GGGGAAGGGGACGGGAAGGGGAAGGGGAAGGCAGCUCCCGGCCCCCGGCACUGGCGGGGCCGGAGGCCUGGCUCCCUUCGCCUACCCUUGGCCUGGCCUGACAAUGCCCGCAGGGCCCGCCAUGCCCCCCACCUCCGUGAUGCCCAUGCCUCAAGGGAGCACCCCAGCCCCUCCGCAUGGCCGCGGCCCCCUGCCCACCCUGGGUGCUGCUGGGGCACCCCCACAACUGUCGAGCUGGCGCUGCCCGGCUGCCACGGCCGUGCUGUGAGGUCGGAUCGCAGGAGGCGAAUUCCAGCAAGGGCCCCCACCCCGGCGGUCCCCCCCAGCGAUGGGCAGCAGGACCCUGCCAGCCCCAUCCCCCCACCGCCCGCCCCGCCGGCCCCCCGCCCCGCCGCCCGCCCAGCGCACCCACGCCUGACCCACCCGCUCCAGCCCCCCCCAGCUCUAUGGCAAGGAUGGACCCCUGACGGCAGGCACCCGCGGGCCAGAGGAGACGGCGCCGGGCACAGCCCGGGGAGAUGCCCUCGGCGGCCCUGACAGCAUCGGGUCCUCCCUGACCCUGCCGCCGCCCUGAGCAUCCCGUCCCCCACCCCGAGGGCAGGGAAAGGCGGGGGCCUCCCCCCGGAUCCGGCAGUCAAGAUGGUGAUGUCCCAGGGCACCUACACCUUCCUCACCUGCUUUGCGGGCUUCUGGCUCAUCUGGGGCCUCAUCGUGCUGCUGUGCUGCUUCUGCAGCUACCUGCGGCGGCGGGUGAAGCGGCAGCAGGAGGAGCGGCUGCGGGAGCAGAGCCUGCGCGCGCUGGAGAUGGAGCCACUGCACUAUGAGGGUUACAGGGGCAGCCCCCCCGGCAUCGCCAUUCCCCACCGCCUCCGCCUCGACCCCCACCAUCAUCAUCACCCCCACCACAUCCCACCCCCCCGGCCCUGGAGCUGCCGGCACGGUAAGGAGCAGGGAGGGGCUCUCGCAUCCCCGGAGCACGUGCCUCCCCCUGUUUUGGGGGGGAUACGACGUGAGAGCCAGAGCGCAGCGCUGACGGCAGCAGGGGUCCGGGGGGGGCUUUGCCUUGCAGAGUCGGACCUGUCAAAGCCGCCGUGCUAUGAGGAAGCUCUGUUGAUGGCAGAGCCCCCCCCACCAUACAGCGAGGUGCUGAUGGACACGCGGGGGCUCUACCGCAAAAUCAACGCCCCUUUCCUGAGCCACGAGCGGCUGGAGAAGCAGGAGCAGCCCCCCAGCUACAAACCACUUUUCCUCGAUGCCAGCUAUGGUUCGGCGCUGCACCUGCCCCGCUCUGCCAGCCCUGGCCCUGCCUGCCCGGACCUCUACCUGCAGCAGGAGUGCUCCCCACGCAUGUUUCCCAGCUGGACGGACUCGGAGCUCAGCAGCAGGGACACCUACGAGCCAGGACCCUGGCACCUCCCAGUCUCCAUGCCCCUCUUCGGCAGGACUACCGCUGUGUAACGGCAGCUGCGGGGGACCCCCGGACCUUGCCAUGCACCUGGGGAUUGGGUGGUUUUGAUUGCCCAUGUCACCUCGGGGACACCCGCCCCGGCGCGGGCCAUCGCCGCCGGCGCGGAAGGGGCUGGUUCCCCGUCUGGCCCCCGCCAGCCCCCCCAUGGCCGGGGUCGCUGGGGACCCGGACUCUGCUCUGUUUCUUAAAUUUUUUGUUUGUUACAGUUUGAGAAUAAAAGUUUGUGGCUCGGG